CCCAACGCAUUAAGUCGUGAAGCGAUUAUUGAAUAUAUUCGAGAAUGUCAACGACCUGAUGGCGGUUUCGCACCAGCUACCCAUCAUGACAGCCAUCUUCUCCAUACGUUGAGUGCAGUGCAGAUACUUAUGAUGUAUGAAGCACUGGAUAGCUUUGACUUGGAUAUGAUCGCUGAUUUUGUGCGAAAAUUACAAAAUGAAGACGGUAGCUUUGGUGGCGAUGUGUCAAAUGAAGUAGACACGAGGUUUUCGUUCUGCGCUGUUGCCACCCUUUAUCUUAUUGACAGGCUUCAUGUAAUUGACGUGGAGAAAGCGGUUAAAUACGUGCUUAGAUGUUAUAAUUUUGAUGGUGGUUUUGGGACAAGACCUGGUUCAGAAAGCCAUUCUGGACAGGUGUACUGUUGUCUUGGAACUCUGUGUAUAACCAGGAGGCUUGAUUCAGUCGACAGGGACCGAACAGCGGAGUGGCUGGCACAACGGCAGUGUGCUAGCGGAGGUUUGAAUGGUCGUCCCGAAAAAUUGCCCGAUGUUUGCUAUUCUUGGUGGGUACUUGCAUCGCUAGCAAUGUUGGGACGUUUGAAUUGGGUGGAUAAGGCAAGCAACACGAAAUUUGGAGCGUUGAUGAAAUUUAUUUACGCAUGUCAGGACGAUGAGACGGGCGGGUUUUCAGAUCGUCCUGGAGAUUGUCCUGAUCCAUUCCACACAUUGUUUGGUGUCGCAGGUUUGUCCUUACUUGGCCGAGAAGAUCUAUGCCCUGUUGAUGCUGUAUUCUGCAUGCCGAAGAACACACUCAAGGAAAAAUCAUUGUGCUAA